AUGACGUUGUGGAUGCGCACAGGCCCGCGUCUGGCCUUGCCACGUGUCCGGCAGCCAUUGGCCGUGCAGAUACAGACCCGACACAGCUCGUUCAGCCUGCGAAAAGCCACCGAUAAGAAGAAGACCCCCAACCCGGCUAAACAGUCACAGGGGCCUGAACGAACCCGAUUCGCGCCGUCGCCAACAGGCCUGCUGCAUCUCGGCUCGUUGCGAACGGCCCUCUACAACUACCUGCAGGCCAAGGUGACGGCGGGACAGUUCCUGCUGCGAGUGGAGGACACAGAUCAGACCCGACUGGUGCCUGGGGCCGAAGAACAUCUGUACCAGACUCUGGACAAGCUGGGGAUCAAGGCUGACGAAAGCCCCAAGGUGGGAGGACCCUACGGACCGUACAAACAGUCGGAGAGAUCGGACAUUUACAGAAAGUACGUGGACCAGCUGCUGGAGUCUGGACAUGCGUACAAGUGCUACUGUUCCAAGGACCGACUGGAUGAUCUGCGAGACAGUGCGCGGGCUCUCGUGCCUCCUUCCAUGGCCUCAUACGACCGAAAGUGCGCGCAUGGCGUGGCUUCCGACUCCAACAACGGAGAAUAUGUCGUGCGUUUCAAGGCCCCCGACCUAUACCCUUCUUACACGGACGAAUUGCAUGGACAGGUGAACAUCCAGGUGCAGAGAAACGCCAACGAUACCCGGUUUGACGACAUUGUGCUUCUCAAGAGCGACGGACUGCCCACUUACCAUCUUGCCAAUGUCGUUGACGACCACCUCAUGAAGAUCACCACGGUUAUUCGGGGCGAAGAAUGGAUGCCCUCCACCCCCAAGCACAUUGCUCUGUAUGAGGCGUUUGGCUGGACCCCUCCUCGGUUUGUGCACAUUCCCCUGCUGACUUCUGUGGACAACAAGAAGCUCAGUAAGCGGUCUGGGGACAUCGACGUCAUGUCUCUUCUUGAGAACGGCUAUCUGCCCGAGGCCAUUCUCAACUUUGUCCUGCAUUUCGGCUGGUCCCACAACCACAUUCAGGCGUCGGAUCGAAUCGGUCUGUCGCGAAUGGAGCAGAUUUUCGACCUCAAGACCCUUACCAAGGGCAAUGCCAAGGUCGACUUCAGCAAGCUUGUCUACUACAACAAGCACUACAUGUAUGGUCGAAUCAAAAACCCGGGAGACAAGGAGUGGAUCAAGCCGUACUACGAGGCCAUGAAGAAGGAGACGGGCACCACCAAGACGCUGGACGACUGCCUGACCGCCAUGGAGAUCAUGAAGGGUUCCUUUGGCAACGUGGAGGAGUUUGUAACCACCUGUCGGUUCCUGUUUGAGCGGCCCAUGCGGCCCAUGCUCACUCUGGAGGAGGAGAAGAUGGUUCGAACCAUUGCAGAGGCCAAGGACGUCAAGAUGGGCAUUGCUAUACUGGAUACCCGAUACGAUAAGAAGCAGAUUUACCAGGUGCUUCGUAAGGUCAUUGCUGACGGCACUCCGGGGGCGAGCAUGGACAAGAUCCGGUGGUUUCUAGGCAAGGAGGAGGUUCAGGCGAGAUUGGAGGGGUUUUAA